AUGGUUGCAGCCAGAUUACUACUGGCGCUCGUAGGCAUUCCCUUGACCAUGGGAUCUGCCCUGCAGGGAAUAUCACGAGGGCUUGACGUUGACGAAGGAAUGAUAUGGACCGGGCCCAUCUUUCCUGGCGAUAAACCGACGAGACUAACUGGUACUGUGGAGGAUGUCUAUGCCCAAAUCAUGGCGAUCAAUCCCAACUAUGAUCCGGACGACUCCCUCGAGGCCGAGACCCGCAACAUCACUCUGACCGACGACGGCGACCUACCCAAGCCGCGGUACUUCCCCGGGGACGCCGACUUUACGAAGUUUCAGUGUGGCAACAUGGCUACCGGACAGAAAAACAAGAUCCAGGAGCAGGAUGCUGAGACCCAUACCUACUGUAAAACAGUGGCCAAGUACAUCAACUGUAUCGAAUUCAACUGCUGCAGCUACAGCAAGGGAAAGUCAGGCUCCCUUGGCAGCACAUUCCCCUAUACCAUAUGGGUGGGUUAUGCCAACUGCCGCCACAACCUGGCGACGCACCCCAAGGACUACACGUACCCCGGCGGAAACAUAAACGGGGCGUGCAGAAACGGGGAUGGCAGGUGA